AAACCCUCACAACACCAGACAUGUUCACCCCGCACAUUGCGCAUGCGCAGUACUCGGCGCUUUGAGCCUUGAGGAGGGAACAUGGAGACAGUUGCAGGUGAAGUCGAGUUGUAGACGAGGAAAUCAGCUGCUCGGCUCACAUGGGAGCCACGUAGCCGUGGUUGCAAUGCGGGAUGAGAAGUCCCUGUGUUCGCCAUGACUCUGAGAUCCACGCUGUUUCCAAAGACGGGAUCCAAGCAGAGCACCGACACCAUCGACUUCGACAUCACGCACUUCGGGGCCGCCACCGUGAGUCCGCUGAUCCUGCGGAGGGAGCCGUGCGACUUCCUCCUCCAUGUGCAAGACGUGCAGGGCGGCCACAUCCCGAGCAAGUCACAGGUCUUAGACCAGAUUUACAUGACAAGCAAAGUCGCCCUCGCCGCCACAGUUGCAGAAGUAGUUCAGGGUGACAAUAAAACUGUGGGGGUGUUGUCCCCUGUCAGACCAAUGGGGGGUGAGGGAACCCCGGUGAAAGGUAAACCCCUCUCUGUUGACAACAUGGAUAACCCUCAGAUGGCUGUGAACAAUAACCCCAAGGAUGCUGGGGCCGAGGACAGCGGCAAGGGGGUUGUCCCCGGAGUCGUCGGCACCGCAUCCAUUGAACUCUCGUCUGAGGGCAAGUGGAGGAACAUCAGGAAGACCCCUGCCAAUCCCCACACGCAGGCCAACUGCCUCCGACAGAUCCUGCUCCUGCAGCUGGAUCUCAUUGAACAACAGCAGCAGCAGCUGCAGUCCAAGGACAAGGAGAUAGAUGAGCUCAAAUCAGACAAAGAGACGUUGCUCGCUCGCAUUGAGCGCAUGGAGCGUCGCCUUCAACUCACGAGAAAGGACCCACCGCGGGAUAAGCGACUGUUCCAGCCCCUGGAGCCUUGGACCCCUGACAAAGAGGACAUGUGGGAUCUGGAUGUGGAGGAGAGUCCACAGCCCAACCAAGCCAACCCACUCCCCUUUAGUCGGGGGGGCAAAGGUCAAAAGAGGAAGUCUUGUUUUGGAGAUGCAAAGGUCCAGAAAUCCCGGGGCAAGAGUGCAAAGCUCAGCCCCCACAAAGCUGAAAUGCAGCCCGGUUCUCCGAAUCAGAGAGAGCUGCGUAGUAAGGAAACCCCAGAGAAGAUGGGUCCCAUGAGGUCUGGGGCAGAAAGGGACAUUUUGCUUCCGUGCAAAGAGGAGCCUGAGCUGAACUGCCAGAUGGAAGACCUGCCCUUCAUGUCUACCACAGAGAUGUAUCUGUGUUGCUGGAACCAACCUCCUCUCUCCCCUCUGCGGGAGACUUCUCCUAAAAAGGAGGAAGAGGUGGCCAGUGAGUGGACUCCUCAUGUAGUACAUGAUAUGCUGAUUGUUUUUCCAUCCUGGAGAGAAAACUACAUCGAGCCCUUGGAGGACGACUCCUCCAACUCAGUGGAGCCGAUGGAUGACGGCGUGUUUUUGAAACGCCAUGCAAAGCUCGAGUUGGAUGAAAAGAGGAGGAAAAGAUGGGACAUCCAGCGAAUCAGAGAGCAGCGCAUGUUCCAGCGUCUGCAGCAGCGCAUGAACAGGAAGAAAAUCGUCCAGGAAACCGAGCCGGAGGUUUCAUCCUUCUAUCCCGACACUGAAGAUGUUGAAGCUAUAGUGAUCACUCCUUUCUUGCCUGUGGUUGCGUUUGGACGACCGUUGCCCAAACUCGCACAACAGAACUUUGAGCUGCCUUGGCUGGACGACCGGAGCCGGUGUCGCAUCGAAGUUCCCAAAAAACACACACCUCACCGGACCUGUCGGAAGUGAAACCCAUGUGGCACAAACAGCAGAGAGAGAAAACGCUCACGCCCAGAUUAGAAAAUACCACAUCUAUCUUGUCUGUGAUGGGGGGGGGGGAGACGAGUUAUCAGCUGCUAUGUAUAAUUGCUGUUCAGUCUCUCCAGUCUCAACAUGUCACCACACACCAGCUGAUGGGAGGAAGCUGCGUCAGCGGGUGUCCUUGAUAUUUUCCAUCUCAUUUACACCUCUGAAAGAAGAACUCGGCUUCCGUGCAUGAUGCUGCAAGAUCGCAGUCCCCCUGUCAGCAGCCGGGGAAGAUGAAGUAUCAGUUUCUGUCCUGUGUCCAACAGUUAUAUGCAUGUUCAGUAACAGAGUGUUUAUGCAUAAGUCAGCUGACAGGAAUCGAUGGGGACUCGAAGCUUCAACACGUCCAUUUCACAUUGCUCGUCAUUUUAAGCUGAGUAAUCAGAGCUUGAACUGUUGAUCAAGAGUAACUCAGCUUUUUGCUCUGGGGUUUUCCCGGCGCUGUGUCGUGAUGUGUAAAGCCGUCAUUGUUCUCACACACCUCAAUUAAGAUGUUAUCACUGUUCUGGUGUGAUAUCUGGACUUUGGAGCCACACUCCGCAUGAUGUCAUAUUUAAAUCCAACGUGAGGAGGUGCAAAGGUUUGAAAAUCAAGUCGCGGACGAUUAGACGGGUGGUAAAGCCGACAUGGAACCCAGUGAUCUGUUCCCUUCUUUUGUUUCUUACUACCUUUUCUUUUUAUGUGGGUUGCAUGGCUCUGUUAUACAAAAAAGAUUGUAGCAUGGCUUAACCUCAGAAAGGAGAAUAAUCUCUGCUCCCUGGGCUGUGAAGUCUACAAAGUACUGUUCUUUGAAAGCAUGAGUUUUUCGGCUGCUCCGUUCAGUGAGAUUUGCUGGUUCAGCCCGAACAGCCGCAUCAAAAAAAAAAAGACGAUCUGAUUAAAAACAAAAGUACAGUUCUGAUCUUAAUCUUCAUCUUACAUCCAGUUAAUAUUAGCCGAGUUACGUGUAUGCACUGGUGUCCUGAGGAUGCAGACAUCCGGAGGAGCCAUUUUAGAUGAUUAAUAAGCCUGCUAGCUGUAGUCAUAGCGAUGUUCACUAGUAUGCUCUCUCUCUCUAACAUGCUGCCAGUUAAUCUCUCCCUCUCUGACGUCAUCACAGUCAGUGUUUCUGCUGGUGUUUCUUCCUCGCUGCGUUUUUGCUCGACCUGUUUUACAUAUUGAUGCAAUGGCUUCGCGCAGCUUCAGUACAUCGACCUGCCAGACGUGCGUGUCGGCAGACGCUGGAAACACAAAUCUUUUCUUUUUCUGUACAUAGCUUUCAGAAAACAAAUGUACAUAAAACAUGGCUGUUAUUUUUUUAUUAUUUAAUGUCAGAAGUGUUGAGUACAUUCAAUAUUGUUCUAUGAUUGUAUGUUGACAAAUUGACAGUUUUGAAAGUUAAAUUGUUUUUGGAAUAAAAAUAACUUGUCUAUGA